CCUCCUCCCUCACCGCUCCUCUCCACGACCUCCGGAAGAUGAGGAAGGACGACGAGUUUUUUUCAGCCUGGACUGCCGACGCCAACGCAAGCUUCGAGAAGCUCAAGAAGGCCAUCGCCGACGCGACCUUACUCGCCCACCCGCAGCACGACGCCACGACCGAGGUCUGGACGGACGCCAGCGACCUGGCCGCCGGAGCAGUCCUCGUUCAACUGCAACGUGGGAAGUGGGUGCCGUUGGCGUUCUGGUCGAGGACGUUCAACAAGGCGCAGCGGAACUACUCGACGUUCGACAGGGAGCUCCUGGCGGCCUCCUUCGCGGUCGAGCACUUCCGCACGAUGCUCGAGGCACAGCCGGUGACGGUCAGGACAGACCACAAGCCGCUGGUUGCCGCCUUGACCAAACACACCGACGCCUUCUCCCCGCUGCAGCGAAGACACUUGUCGAGGAUUUCGCAGUACGUGGCAAAGCUGCAACACCUCGACGGCGCCGCCAACAC